ACGAUCUUUGUUGCAGAGUGAAAGGGGGCGGAGCCAAAGGGACCCGAAUCAAGAUGGCCACCUUCACUGAGAGGAUGGGGCCUGUCUUGUUGCUCUGGCUGGCCGUGUGCCUCAGUGGAUCCUGGGCUGUGGACAAGGGCAACUUCAAGACCUGCGACCAAAGUGCUUUCUGCAAGCGGCAGCGAGCGAUGAAGCCUGGUGAGUCCCCUUAUCGGGCCCUGCUGGAAACCAUGGAGCUGACCAACACCAGACUCACCCUGCAGCUCAUCAAUGACAAUAACAAGGUGCGUCUUCUGCUCGAGCUCUACCGUCUCCAGGGAAACAUAACGAGGGUGAAGAUUAACGAGCUGAAGCCUCUGAAGCCUCGCUAUGAAGUCCCAGACGUGCUCAUCAGGGAGCCGCCGACCGAGCCUCUGUCUCUCCUGUCACAGGAUGAGAACGGGGUGGUGCUGUCUCUGGGAGCGGAGUCCCAGAGGGUCAUCGUCAGCGCCCGGCCCUUCAGGCUCGACAUCGUGGAGGGACGCGACGUCCUGAUGUCCCUGAACUCGCGAGGCCUGCUCAGUUUUGAGCACCUGAGGAUGCGCAAGGACACUUUCUCCUAUAAAGUAACUAGCACAGUGGCUAGCGUGUGGGAUAAUAUCAAGAGGGUAUUCUCUAGUCAGGCUGACCCGGAGGCUGAGAACAAAGAGGGGACGGACCCGGCGAACCCGGCCGAGACUGUAAAAGAAGAGGAAGAGAAAGUAGAAGACGGGAUGUGGGAAGAGACGUUUAAAUCUCACACAGACAGCAAACCGAGCGGUCCUUCUGCCAUUAGUUUAGACUUUUCAUUGCCGGGCGUGGAGCACGUCUACGGCAUCCCAGAACACGCAGACACCCUCAAGCUUAAAACGACAGAUAGUGGGGAUCCGUAUCGGCUGUAUAACCUGGAUGUUUUCCAGUAUGAACUGUAUAACCCGAUGGCCCUGUAUGGGGCAGUCCCAGUGAUGUUGGCACACAACACUCAGCGUACUAUGGGCAUCUUCUGGCUCAACGCUGCAGAAACCUGGGUGGAUAUAAGUUCAAACACAGCAGGAAAGACGGUGUUUGGGAAAAUGCUGGAUUACGUUCAGGGCUCCAGUGAGACGCCACAGACGGAUGUUCGUUGGAUUUCAGAAAGUGGAAUCAUAGAUGUCUUCCUCAUGCUGGGACCGACUCCCAGAGACGUCUUCUCUCAGUACGCUUCUCUAACAGGCACUCAGGCAUUCCCCCCUCUGGCCUCACUGGGAUACCACCAGUGCCGCUGGAACUACAACGACCAGGAAGACGUGCGCUCGGUGGACGCCGGCUUCGACGAGCACGACAUCCCUUACGACUUCAUUUGGCUCGACAUCGAGCACACGGACGGGAAGCGCUACUUUACCUGGGAUCCUCACAAGUUUGCAUCACCAAAGGAGAUGCUGCAGGGUCUCCUGGACAAGAAACGCAAGAUGGUUGCGAUCGUCGAUCCUCACAUCAAAGUAGACACAAACUACAAGAUCCACAACGAGAUCCGCUCUCGGGGUUUCUAUGUGAAGAAUAAAGAUGGCGGAGACUACGAAGGCUGGUGCUGGCCUGGGAAUGCAGGUUAUCCAGACUUCACCCGUCCUGACAUGAGGGCCUGGUGGGCCAGCCAGUUUGGUUACGAUCAGUAUGAGGGCGCCAUGGAGAACUUGUAUACGUGGAAUGACAUGAAUGAGCCAUCCGUGUUCAACGGGCCGGAGGUCACCAUGCACAAAGACGCAAUGCACGAAUCCUGGGAGCACCGCGAAGUGCACAACUUAUACGGCCUUUAUGUGCACAGGGCCACAGCAGAGGGUUUGACCGAGAGGUCUGGAGGAGUCGAGAGACCGUUUGUCCUCACCAGAGCUUUCUUUGCUGGUUCCCAGCGCUACGGUGCUGUGUGGACUGGAGACAACGCUGCAGAGUGGGACCACCUGAAGAUCUCUAUCCCCAUGUGUCUGAGUCUAGGCCUGGUGGGAAUCUCUUUUUGUGGUGCUGAUGUCGGCGGGUUCUUUAAGUCGCCGAGCACCGAGCUGCUGGUGCGUUGGUACCAGACGGGAGCUUACCAGCCCUUCUUCCGGGCCCACGCCCACCUGGACACGCCGCGCCGCGAGCCCUGGCUGUUUGGUCCAGAAAACACGGCUCUGAUGCGCGAAGCCAUUCGCCAGCGCUACACGUUCUUGCCUUACUGGUACCAGCUGUUCUACCUCGCAUAUCACACUGGAGAACCCGUCAUGAGGCCACUUUGGGUGGAGUAUCCCCAGGAUCCUGCUACUUUUGCUUUGGAUGAUGAGUAUUUGCUCGGCCGAGACCUGUUGGUGCACCCUGUAACUGAAGAGGGAGCCAGAGGCGUCACUGCUUACCUGCCGGGGAAACACGAGGUCUGGUUUGACAUCCACACCUUCCAGAAGCACAACGGUGGCCAAAACCUUUACAUUCCUGUCACCAUGAGCUCCAUCCCGGUGUUCCAGCGCGGCGGCUCCAUCAUUCCCAGGAAGCUCCGAGUCCGCAGGUCUUCCACCUGCAUGGAGCACGACCCGUACACUCUGUAUGUGGCCCUUGAUAAUCAGAGAACGGCAGAGGGAGAGCUGUACAUAGAUGACGGCCACACCUUUAACUAUGAGAAGAAAGAGUUGAUCCACAGGAAGUUUUCCUUCGCCAACGGCGUCCUCUCCUCUGUUGACCUUGAACCAAACGCCCAGUUUACAACCAAAUCUUGGGUGGAACGCAUCAUUAUACUGGGAGCCAGUAAACCCAGCAUGGUUACUCUUAAAACUGCUGAUGGCGAGAACCAGCUGGAGUUUGAUUUCGACGCCUCCAUGUCUGUGUUAACAAUCCGCAAGCCUGGGAUGAACGUGGGGGCAGACUGGACCGUGACCCUGCAGUGACCCCCAGAGACAGAAGACGAAAACAGAAAACGAGCAAACUAGACUGAAACAGGAGGAGAUGGAGAGAGUAGGGAAUAGACAGACUCCAUUAAUACUUCAAACUAACUAGAGCAGGACGUCAGAGUAACUGCAGAAACACACAGAUCACACUUUCCAUCCACAUUAACACAGUUUGUUGACGCUGAGCUCUGCCAUUUCCUCUUUGUGUUCUGUCACACUAAGACCUGAUGGCAACAAUUAAAAAAUUACUACUAGAUAGGAAAAUGUGUUUGUUUUUCAGGGAAGAAACGGAGUGGGUCGAGUCAACUUGGGAGUUUUUUGCUGCUGAAUCUUCCUCUUGGUUUAGCACACUGUCUGCCUCAUAAGAAACGCAUCACUGUAAAGGGUGUUUGGUGUUUAUAAUGAAGGUCAACAUUCUGAUCACACAGUCCACCUACUGCUGAUUCCUUUCUGAAUUUGAAGAAAUCUAUCGUUCCUCUUAUAGGCAAAAUCUAAUCAGGUAAGAGCUCAGCCUUCUUUCCUCGUGCGAAUUUAAAAGUUGAUGGACAGAUUAACAACCGUCUCCUUUAUGGCUCAAAUCUUUUAUCAUGUUUUUUUUUUUUUUACUGUUUUCAACACCAGAAAAAGACUUCUUUGUUUAGCAGUCCUCAGCAAAUCAUUUUCCUCCAGUCUGUCAUUGAGUUUCUCAGUCCUAAAUAGAAAUUAUUUCUUUUUGUUGCUUCUAUUUUGAAGUAAUUUUCUUAAUGGCACAGUUUGGGUUUUAAACUGGGGAGUGAACCACUGGCUGGAUGAUUCUGACAAUGUGUUUUCUCUUUUGAGCCAUUUUUCUUCCCUUCGUAUCCUGUUUUUAAUGCACUUACAGAAUGGUGAGCCCUUAAGAAAUUAGAUUUUUGUGUGUUUCCUAGGCGUUAGUUGAAAUCUUCAUUUGGGUUUUGAUCAUUAGAACAACUAAACAGUUGUCAAUUUAAAGCCAUCUGAACUACAGAAACAUCAAUCCAAAAUAUGCAUCAAUCUGCCAUCAAGCUCAAUUGUCUGACCUGCAGGAGGGAAGGUUCUGCAAGUUUCUGUUUUCAAGAGCAUAAAUGUUACCUCUGCAUUGUUUUUUGUUAAUGGCUUGAAUUGGUGAAAACGGAAGUUAACGAUUGCACUUCAGCUGUCAAAGUAGUCUGAUGUACUCUAACAGAUGAGACCAAGUGAAAAUAAACUUGACCAAAUGUGAAAAAUAA